AGUCCCACAGCUGACCGCUCAGGAUCGCCAUGGCCGCGCGCAACAGGGGGUCCGGGCUCUUCUGGGCCGCGCUGAGCCGCCGCAGGGCUCCGGGACCCGGCAGGUGUCUGUCCUAUCACGCUCCUGCCCCCGGGACCUGGAGCACCGAGCUGUCCCGGCUCUCCCACGGGGACCUGUACCGCCUCUCCGUCACGGACCCGGAUCGGUUCUGGGGGGCCGCCGCCGCCGACAGGCUCCGCUGGGUGGAACCGUUCCACCGGGUCCGGGAUUGCGACCUGAGCAGCGGGAGGAUCGGCUGGUUCCUGGGAGGAAAGCUCAACGUGUCCGUGAACUGCCUGGAUGUCCACGUGGAAAAACAUCCGGACCGAGUGGCUCUGAUCUGGGAGCAAGAUGAACCCGGCACUGAGGUGAAGGUCACCUACAGGGAGCUGCUGGAGACAACUUGCCGCCUUGCCAACGCCCUGAAGAGUCACGGGAUCAACAAAGGUGACCGAGUGGCCAUUUAUAUGCCCGUGUCUCCGCUGGCGGUGGCAGCCAUGUUGGCGUGUGCCCGUAUCGGCGCGGUGCACACCGUGGUGUUUGCCGGAUUCAGCUCUGAUGCUCUAGCAGGAAGGAUCCAAGACGCUGGCUGUAAAGCUGUGAUCACCUUUAAUGAAGGUGUGAGAGGAGGCCGCGUCAUCCAGCUCAAAGCCACCGUGGACGCCGCGGUAAAGACCUGUCCCUCCGUCCAGCACGUCUUCGUCGGUCGGAGGACUGAGACGCCGGUGGUGAUGGGAGAGAGGGACGUCCAGCUGGAGGAGGCGAUGUCCUCUCAGCCGGCCGUCUGUGCGCCCGAGGCUCUCGACAGCGAGGACCUCCUCUUCCUGCUCUACACGUCGGGCAGCACGGGCAAACCGAAGGGCGUCGUCCACACACAGGCGGGAUACCUGCUGUACGCAUCCCUGACACUCCAGGUACUCGUCCUCUUCCUCAAAUGUUCCGUAUGGAGGUUCUGAGGAACGUCAGCAGGAGAUGUUUCAGGUGCAGGUUCUCCUCUCUGGCG